AUGGGUGGAAAUUUCCAAAGGCGCUUCACUCGCUCCCCCAGCCAGUCACCCAGCCAGUCACCCAACCCUCCAGCCAGUCACCCAGCCAGUCACCCAACCCUCCAGCCAGUCACCCAGCCAGUCACCCAGCCAGUCACCCAGCCAGUCACCCAACCCUCCAGCCAGUCACCCAGCCAGUCACCCAACCCUCCAGCCAGUCACCCAGCCAGUCACCCAACCCUCCAGCCAGUCACCCAGACAGUCACCCAAUCCUCCAGCCAGUCACCUAGCCAGUCACCCAACCCUCCAGCCAGUCACCCAGCCAGUCACCCAACCCUACAGCCAGUCACCCAGCCAGUCACCCAACCCUCCAGCCAGUCACCCAGCCAGUCACCCAGCCAGUCACCCAACCCUCCAGCCAGUCACCCAGCCAGUCACCCAACCCUCCAGCCAGUCACCCAGCCAGUCACCCAACCCUCCAGCCAGUCACCCAGCCAGUCACCCAGCCAGUCACCCAACCCUCCAGCCAGUCACCCAGCCAGUCACCCAACCCUCCAGCCAGUCACCCAGCCAGUCACCCAACCCUCCAGCCAGUCACCCAGCCAGUCACCCAACCCUCCAGCCAGUCACCUAGCCAGUCACCCAACCCUCCAGCCAGCCAGUCACCCAGCCAGUCACCCAACCCUCCAGCCAGUCACCCAGCCAGUCACCCAGCCAGUCACCCAACCCUCCAGCCAGUCACCCAGCCAGUCACCCAACCCUCCAGCCAGUCACCUAGCCAGUCACCCAACCCUCCAGCCAGUCACCCAGCCAGUCACCCAACCCUCCAGCCAGUCACCCAGCCAGUCACCCAACCCUCCAGCCAGUCACCUAGCCAGUCACCCAACCCUCCAGCCAGUCACCCAGCCAGUCACCCAACCCUCCAGCCAGUCACCCAGCCAGUCACCCAACCCUCCAGCCAGUCACCCAGCCAGUCACCCAACCCUCCAGCCAGUCACCCUGCCAGUCACCCAACCCUCCACUCUGGUUUUCCCAGAUCAUAAAAAAUGA